GAAGAUUUUGACUGACGGCUGUAUUUCAACUUCGCCUGAGGCGCCCUCCCUAAGGUCCAGUGCCUAAAGUAAGGUACCUACCCCAAGCGGGUACCCAACGAUUGGCGUUUAUACCCCCCAAGGUACGCUACGCCUGGCUACAUGGACAAACUUCAGAUCUGUCAACCUGUCAUUCCUUUUGACCAUGAUGAUGAUUAUUUCUUGCCUUCUCAGCAUCAUCCUCCACAAUCCUCUCUGCUCAUCCGUUACACCUCGUUUCACUUCCCUUCGGACGUACCUUCUCCCUACGUAGACAACCGCUUUUCGAUUCUACGAGAAUAUUCUUACAUCAAGUCCUUCAUUAAAGAGCCUAGGGUAGCGCGUCUCCUUGCAUUUCUCCCCCUGUGCAUUGACCCCAGUGCGACCUCCUCUCCAAUGCCUACGUGACAUCACUCUGCCCAUUGGUCACUUGAACCAUACGGUAAACAAUCGACACGACACGACACCACUGCAUACCUACACCGACUCGACUUCGUCUUGGUGCCACGCUGUCUCGAAUGACCACAGACUGUAUCGAUUUCUUGCCUCAUGCGCUCCUACAAUGCCGGAGCCCUCCCCUCAACUCAAGGGCAUCAAGAAAGUGCUCUCGAACAGGAGACGUUCAGCCGACCUCCAAGGUGACGAGACAAUUAGCGGGCUCCGGACGAACUCCAUCGAUUCCCUCUCCAUCGAUAAAUCUCCUACAAGACAAAGUACUCGGUCUGUCAGCCAAGAUGGAAGCAGCAAGUCUGGAAGCAGUGGUAUGCGAAAGCUGCUGCCUGGACACAGCAAGAGGAAAAGGAGGAAGCUCAGGGAGGAAGAGUUGAAAGUCGUAGCAGAUCAUUUGGCACGGGGGCGAACUGGGUCUAAAUUGAGCACAACUACACCGCCAGAUGCUCUGAGCAGGCAAUCCAGCAGCCUUGCCCCCGACGGUGACACCAGCCUUCUUACAGACGACUCCGAAGUGGAAACACCGCCGCUCGUUUCUCGCGACUCUCACACAGGCUACCUGACGAUGUCUUCUCCCUUGGUCUCCACUGUGCCCGCUCGGAACAAUGAUGAACCAGCACAGAAUUCCUCUGCAACGCGUUCGCUUGGAAACAUACCGGUAUUGCUGGAGCCUGGUCAAAUAAGUGGAUCACCAUCUUCAAAGGGCGCCCCUCCACUUGAAUCAGAAUCAACUUUCAAUGCAACGACAUUGAAUGACAGAGCAGGAGGUCAGGCGCCAGCAGCAGAGGACGAGAGCAUGAGUUCAUAUCGGGGUGUGUCGCCCUCUCGCCGCUUCCGCGACGUGUUUGCAAAGGGUAGUAAGACUUCGCCCACGAGUCCCGAAAGAAGUUCGACAGGUAUGGCGAGCGGCAUUUCAGGCCCCAAGAGCAGCCUUAGCCUGGUCGCUGGGACGAGUGCAACCGCCGAAUCGAAGUCGCAAGAGGCAAGCCCUGGAUCCUGGACGGAUCAAGGCCAGCUGCAAAACCAUUCCAUGCCCAAUCUAGACACCAUGAUACGGCCAUUGACUCCACCUGCAGCUCUGAUCAGUACGCCUGUGACCACGGUCACCCCGCCUACUCCCACCGAUACGAGGUUUGAAGAAAGACCAGACCCUCCGCAGUCAAAUAAAGCCGGGGUAAAUCCAAAGGACGAGGCAGGCAUCGUGGUCAGCCCUUCGGGAAACAUGAUCUCCCAUCGCCGCAUUCGUUCCGCCUCCUCCAUCACUCAUCAGCCAAGCAAGUUGUCCACUUCCAUGACGGCGCCUUUAACCCCAACAAUGGAGGAGAGCAAGGCGCUCUCAGGGAGCGGAACUGGCAACAGGACCCCAAGUGGUGGCUUGUUCUCUUCCUGGGUUUCUGCAGCUCAAAAUGCUGCGACCACCAUCACCAACCUGACCGGCCAGAAUCGGACACGGUCCGGAACCAAUGCGUCUGACACUUCGGUCAAGCCGAAACCGUUCGAGCAAUCCAUUAAGGAAGAGGAAGAGGAAUCAACCAAAAAGCCGCCGGAACCCGAAGUACCUCGGAAACAAUUGGCCAUUGAAACCAUGGGCUCAGGAGACCUCAACUUCGAGCAUUUGGGUUUGGAGCCUGAUGACAAAGGUUCAGCCACCACUGGACCUGAUCUGGCCGGACUACGAAAAGACUCUACGCUGGCCCGGGAGAAGGCAGCCGCGAAAGUCGAAGAUCUUCUUGCGAAACGAGCCGUUUCGGCGGCUUAUGAAAAGCCCACUGAUGCCCAGACACCGGUGGCAGAAAUUGCCGACCCUGUCGGGAAUGUGAAGACUUCGCAGGCAUUCCCAGGCACGUUGAGCGGAGAGAAGACGCCCCCGAAUGGGAGCAUCGCUGACAGUGACGGUACCACGAUCAAACGGACAAACAGUGUUCGCAGUAAGCUGGGCAAAAGACGAUCUCGUGGGUCUUCGGCGGCAACAGGGCAGUCCGCAAUUGGUGCUAUGAUAGGAGCUAGCACCGCGGCUCUGGUGAAUCCCGCCAAAGGGCCUCGUGUAUCGGGUUUCACUCUGGCUCCGAAACUGCGGAAUCGGAACUUUCAUCAGCAGUUUCGCAGUGUGCCCGAGGAUGAUUACUUGAUCGAAGACUAUAGUUGCGCCUUACAAAAAGAGAUUCUGCUGGCGGGACGGCUUUAUAUCUCCGAAGGACAUAUCUGUUUCUUCAGCAACAUUCUCGGCUGGGUCACCACGGUCGUGAUCUCUUUCGAUGAAGUGGUCAGCAUCGAGCGGGAAAAUACCGCCGUGGUGUUCCAGAAUGCCAUUGCCAUUCAAACAUUGCACGCCAGGCAUACUUUCCGAAGUUUAUUAUACCGUGAGCAAACCUACGAUCUACUGAUCGGAAUAUGGCGCGUCAGUCACCCGGCGAGUUUCCAGAAGAGCGUCAACGGUAAGCAGUUGGCAGCUGAAGAGGCCAAUGUCAACAUAGAGCCUGCGGCGGAGAUUGUUGGAAGUGGUCAAGUCAGCGAAGGGAGCACAACUGAGGAGUCUGACUCGGAAGGAGACAACGACAGUGCAGAGAGUCUUGCGGAUAGUAGCGGCAGUCAUGCUGACAGCGAGAUUGGCGACGGUAAGACAGUGUCGAGGAAAGCGUCAGGCAUGAAUGCGGCUGCUGUCGCGCAGACAGCUAGUGUGUUGGCAGGCACUGCCAGCGACGUUCCACCAGGACUUGCUCUUCAAGCAGGCGUUCCAGAGGCAGCUAAGGACUACCCUGGCCCUGCGACACAUCCUCCAACGGACUCUACUGACAUCGCCACACCUUACGACAAGGCCUUGAAAGACGAGAUCAUUCCUGCUCCUCUGGGCAAGGUCUACUCUUUGUUGUAUGGUCCCGAAUCCGGGCUUUUCGUCCGAAAGUUCUUGGCCGAUGAAAGCAAGUGUACUGAGGUUGUACUUGAAGACGACAAGAAAGGUCUGAAUGAAGAAAUCAAGAGUCGACAAUACACAUAUAUCAAACCACUUGGAGGAAGUAUUGGCCCCAAGUCGACCAAAUGCAUCACCACCGAGACUCUGGACUUCUUCGACCUUGAAAAGGCCGUCGUUGUCACAUGUUCCACGUCGACGCCUGACGUGCCCAGCGGCAACGCCUUUAGCACAAAGACUCGAUAUUGUCUCUCAUGGGGUCCUGGAAACUCGACGAGGUUUCAGAUGAGCUGUACAAUCGAGUGGACGGCAAAGUCUUGGCUGAAGGGUCCAAUCGAAAAGGGUGCCAAUGACGGCCAACAGCAAUAUGGAGACAGUCUGGUGAAGGUGCUCAAAAGUGCUGUCAGCGGCCGACCCAGAGGGACCACGAAUGCUAGCAAGGUGUCCAAAACGACGAAGAAGAAGCGCAAGGGCGAGAAGAAAACUAAAGAGGAGAAAGUUAAAGCUGAAGAGAAGAAAGCUGAUGAUUGGGGACCAUUAGAGUUUCUUCGGUCUCCAUUGCAACCUGCUAUUUCAGUCUUGAGGCCAGUGCUGAAGAUGGAGGUUCUUGUGGCGAUGCUUUCUGUCAUGGUGAUGAUAUUGUGGUUGCGUGGCCCGACAGGAGGAACUGGACUGGGUCCAGCUGCCGGACUGUCACAACCAGAGCGUCUCGCGGCCUACGACGUUCUCUGGGCCGGUCAACAAGAUGAAUUCUGGGAGUGGCUUGAAGCCCGUGCAGGGGUCGAUACCGUCCUUCUGCGGGACCAGCCCCUGUGGGGUAGUGCGGAAUCGGCAAAUGCCGCAAAACAGAAGGGGAACCGGCGUCAACGGGGCAAAAACCUCAACUCUGUCCUUAGAGAUGUCGAGGCUAAGCUACGAGAGGAGAAAAUCGGCCAGCGGGAAAUGCGGGAUGCGAUCAAGAUCACGCGCGAGAGGCUGCACGUACUGGAGGAUGCCAUGGAGAAAGGAAAGAAGAAAGAACCACAUUCAUCCUGAACGGCAGCGCGCCUGCACCGUAAGGAGGAUUGCUGCAUUGUUAUGGCUACGCCCCUGGUCUGACGGAGCAUCGUCCAGGGACACGGUGAGGUCAGAGAUUAUGCUGCAUCGAAUGGGCUUUUGGUGGAAGAAGUCUGUCUCAAGUUUUUUUUACGCGCUACGGAUAAUGACAUUUGCAUCAUAUCCUCGCUAUCAUUAGGAGACCUUGGACAAGCUGGGGAACGUCGGAGUCGUACGUGUAUGGCUUACACAAGUCCCCGUCCGAACGGCAUGAUUGUUUUGUGUGUAUUCAUCGGAAAAUGUCAUCGGUGUCAUGGGCUCUAAGCAAGCGCUGUUGGUCAUUAUGGAAGCCAUAUGCUUUCCUUGAUUACUAGUACCCCAUUCAGGGGAUAUCAAAGUGUGAACUCGCGUAGUAACCGCUGGAUCUCAUAUUGGGUGAAUUGGAUAGCAGGUUAGUUUUGAUAUUAUUAUCGUUAGGUAGUAUCAAAGCUGGAACUUUGUCCUGG